AUGCCACCUCGCUCAAGAGCCCAGAUCACUCGAGCCCUCGAUUCUCUCGACCCGCCCGACUCUCUCGAAGCCACUCAAACCCUGCCCAACAAAUCCCUCGUCACCGUCGAGCUCGACGACCGCUUCCGUCAGACCGUAUGGGUUGAGCGCGGAAACUACGUCCUGCUGGAAAGGUAUCCGCCCAAGGAGGUCGAGGACGAGGCGGUUGGUAAGAUCAUCAACAUUGCCAAGGACGAGAAGGCGUGGAGGAAGAUGCCCUACUGGCCCAAAGAAUUUCCCAAGUUUCAAUACCCCGAAUCCGACGAGGAGGAUGAAUCCAACGCCGGCAAAAUGCCGCCCAGCGACUCGGAAGACGACGCCUAA